AUGAAGCUUCAAGCCUUCUCAGCUUUCUUUACCCUCGCCGUCGUCGCUAAUGCACAUAACCUCAAGGCUCGCCAUGAUCGCGUAGUUCACAAACGACAGGCAUUGACCUCCUCUUCCUCGGUAUCCCACUCCGGCACCACACAUUCGACGACUACAACGGCAGCCGCGACGCCUCCUGUGUCGCUUGUUCCCGCUGCUGCUGCCGGGACAGGAGUGCCACCAAUCGAGAGCAUCUCUUCUGGCAUGCCUACGCAGGCCACCCUUCCCGUCUCUGGCACGUUCACCCCCGGUGCUACACCACCAGUGUCUGGUGCACCGGUUCUCCCAACACCAUUCGCCUUCAACCCCGCAGAUUGGCCUCCGCAAGACAGAGUUGCCCCAGUCGAUUCGUCUGAAGUCGCCGAAUGGUUGAAAGAACUGGAAGGCCAUAAUAUCCCUGCCUUAGCACCAACCGUCGACGGCUCCUGUGCAGGUGAUCCUGCCGCUGCUGCUGACGCUGCCAACCGUGGAUGGUGGACUUGCGGUGGACACACGCGUGCUACCGACGUUCUCGCUUGCCCUGAUAAACUGACUUGGGGAGUUAGCUUCGACGAUGGACCAUCUCCUUACAGUAAGAAACUCCUCAACUUCUUGUCUGAGAAGGACAUCAACGCUACAUUCUUCGUCGUCGGGUCGCGUGUCAUUGAGCGUCCCCAGCUCUUGCUCGAAGAAUACAUGCGUGGCCACGAAAUCAGCGUCCAUACCUGGUCACAUAGGCCUUUGACUUCCCUCACCACCGAACAAGUUGUUGCUGAGUUAGGCUGGACACGUAAAGCCAUCAAGACUGUUCUUGGCGUGACACCGACUACUAUGCGACCGCCGUUCGAUGACCGUGUCCGAGCUAUUUCGUUGGCGAUGGGCAUGGUUCCCAUCCUCUGGACAAGUUCUCCUGCAACUGGUCCUUUCGACACCUUUGAUUGGAAGGUCGCCGCUGGACUUGUUAAGGGCCCCGAAUCCUUCAACACUUUCCAAGCCAUCCUCGGUAACGCGUCUACAUUGAACACGGGUUUCAUCGUCUUGCAGCACGAUUUAUAUGAAAUCACCGUCGACAUGGCCGUUGGUCACACCUUGACUGCUGCUUUGACCCAUAACCCCGCGCUAAACCUUCAAGCCAUUGGUAAAUGCAUGAAGUGGCCCACAGGUAACCUCUACCUCGAAACAAAUACAAAUGCCACUUUCCCAACCAAGGGCGUCGACACUGACGGCGAUGGUGUCAUCGAAACACACGGCAAAACCGGCCAAUCUAGCAACGGCAGCAACAACAAUGGUGCUGGCUUCGUUGCAGUCCCCUUCUUCACUGUCGCGGGCGCAAUGGCUGUCAUUGCCACCUUGCUCUCAUAG